AUGAUUCGGGCCUGCAUCUUAAGCCCCAAAUUCAUCCGCUUCACCCAGGUGGUCUCUGAGAGGACGGCUUCAGUCCGGGGCUUGUGGACUCCAAUUCUACACAGUAGAGGGAAAGCCCUGAGCCCUGUAGCUAAAGAAGGGACCCUCGGGGGGGACUGUAGGGUCUCCACACCCCAGAACGCUGGCCACACGAAACCCCCACCCCCUGUGACUUGGCCUCAGAGCAUCCGGGUGCCCUCCUUGCCUGCCUUCAUAACUGCACGCCGCCUGAGGUCCCUGACCUCUGUCAUCAUGCCUCGGAAGCACAAAAACAAGUCUCAUGGCCACGGGAAACGCCACCAGGUCCAGGGGGAAGCUCAGGAGCCCCAGGCCAGUGCUGCUGCAGCCCCAGGAGAGGAGCGCCCCUCCUCCCCCUCUUCUGCCCCUCAGGGUUCUCCCCCGAGCUCCCCUGUUUCUGGCGAUCCCCAGGAGCUUCAGGGAGCCAUGGCCCCUAGCUGUCCUGAUGCAGGGCCUUCCUGUGCAGGAUCUGAUGAAGGUGCCCAGGGCCCAGAGGAGGAAAGUGCAGAUGCCGCCCAGUCAGCCCUGGUCGUUCGGAGCUUUCGCAGAGAUCCUCUGAACAGGAAGGCCAGCAUGCUGGUGGAGUUCCUGCUGGAGAAGUACAACAAGAAGGAGCCCAUCACGCAGAACGCCCUGAUGAAGGUCAUCAGCAGCAAGUACAAGGAGCACUUCCCUGAGAUCCUGAGGAGAGCCUCUGAGCGCGUGGAGCUGGUAUUUGGCCUGGAGCUGAAGGAAGUCGACUGCAGCAGGAACAUCUACGCCCUCAUCAACAAGUUCAGUCUCGGGGCUGAGGAAGGUUCACGUGGUGAGCGGGGGAUGCCCAAGUCUGGUCUCCUCAUGGCGCUCCUGGGCAUCAUCUUUAUGAAGGGUAACCGUGCCACCGAGGAGGAGGUCUGGGAUUUCCUCAAUGUGUUGGGGAUCUAUGAUGGGAGGAAUCACUCCAUCUUUGGGGAGCCCAGAAAGCUCAUCACCAAAGAUCUGGUGGAGAAGGGGUACCUAAACUACCGCCGGGUGCCCAAAAGUGGUCCUCCGAGCUACGAGUUCCUGUGGGGCCCGAGAGCUUAUGCUGAGACCAGUAAGAUGAAGGUGUUGGAAGUUCUGGCCAAGAUCCAGGAUACGGUCCCGAGUUCCUUCCCAGACCUCUUUCACGAGGCUCUGAGAGAUCAGGUGGAGAGAGCAGGGCUGAGAGGCGUUUCCAUUCCUCCAGCUGUGGCUAAGGCCAGUGCCCCUUCCAGGGCCAAGUCCUGCAGCUCCUCCCACAUCUAG